CGCCCCUUCCGGUCCCAGCCGCUGCCCUCCCUUAAGCGCCGGGCCCGCCUCUGCGCGGCGUGGGUCAAGAUGGUGGCGGUGUGGUGGCUGUUGGCGGUGCUCGCGUUGUGCGCGGCGGCCGACGACGACCCUGAGGGGAAGCGGCGGGCGGGACCCGCCAAGAAGAAGGACAUUCGUGACUACAACGACGCGGACAUGGCUCGGCUGCUGGAGCAGUGGGAGAAAGAUGAUGACAUUGAAGAGGGGGAUCUUCCCGAACACAAGAGACCCCCAGCACCAAUAGAUUUCUCAAAAAUUGAUCCAGGCAAGCCUGAAAGUAUUCUCAAGCUGACGAAAAAGGGGAAGACUUUGAUGAUGUUUGUCACAGUGUCGGGAAAUCCCACAGAAAAGGAUACAGAAGAAAUCACUAGCUUGUGGCAGGGCAGCCUCUUCAAUGCAAACUAUGAUGUGCAAAGGUUUAUUGUUGGCUCAAACCGUGCCAUCUUCAUGCUGCGUGAUGGUGGUUAUGCCUGGGAAAUCAAAGACUUUCUCGUAAGUCAGGAACGGUGUGCGGAUGUUACCCUGGAAGGUCAAGUUUAUCCUGGCAAAGGAGCAGAAGAAAGUGAAAAAGUGAAAAACAAAACCAAACCUGAAAAAGCAAAGAAGAAAAAAGACACAGACAAGAAAUCUAAUAGCAAAGAGGACAACCGAGCAACCAAACAGAGAGAGGAUCUAUGACGGAUGCGUUAACCAGACUGAGUGCUGCUCUGCCGUUCUUUCAAGAAAAACUAAUUUUCCAUACAGUUCUUGGCUUCACUGGGGCAGGGCAAAGAAAGAUGCAGAGAUUACUGAGGUUAAAAGACUGUUGAAACACACCAGUUUACUUAAUAAUGUUGGCCAUUUGUUUAAUUACAGGAAAGGUAAUGUUUGAUACCAGUGGUUGACUACGUUAGUUUGUAAUUUUUUGAUGCUUUUGUUGUUUUUCAAAACUAACAUAUAAAUCUGUGUGUCUAACAUCACAAACUUAAUUUAAGUGGAAAAGAAGAAAUACAGUCUCGGAAUACACUGAUGUUCAUCUGUAGUAGCUGUGUCCAUCUUGGGUGUGCGAGUUGGUCAGUGAUUCAUAGCCACUGUUAGAUAGCAGAGUACAGUGCUAAAAGAUUCUCUUUGAACCCAGUUUCCUAGGCUCAAUUUGCACAACUGCCUAAAAUUGCCAAGAGUACUGUUACAGCGGCCAAAGAUGCCUGAGAUUGCAGCGUUUAGGACAAGUCUGUUUAGAUUGCCUGUUUAUUUAAAAGAAUUAAAAAAAAAAAAAUUCUGUAUGCCCCCUCAAAUCUAUAGAAGUAUUUAGAAGAAUGGUAGAAGCUGAGGCAAAUACUUGACUAACACACUCCAAAUUAGUGCAGAGAAGAGAUUCUGUACCGAGCAGAAGGGGUGCUGGGUUACAGUACCCUCAUGAACAGUGUUGGGGUGAAAGGAAAAGUCAGAUUUAUGCCAUUCAGGUGGCUACAUCUGCCAAAAAUCUCUGCCUGUGGAACCAAAUGUUAUGUAUGCCCCGUUAUAUAGACAGUGAGCUAGAAGAAAUAGCUUUAAUUCUGAAAUUAUUUUGUUUUACUGAUUUAAGGGUUUGUUACAGUGUUUGAAAAAGCACUGAUUACAGUACAGAGUUAGACAUAUCACUUACUGAUUGUUUAAUAACCAGUUACGCUUUUUUUGGGAACAGAUUUGGUUCCUCUUCAUAAAUAAAUUCAUUAUUAUUCAGAUUGUAUUCAAUCAAAUGCACUGUUUAGAAUGUUUCUGCCUUGCUAUGUGUUAAGAACUAAGUGCACCUAGUAUGUAUGGUUCACAUCAUUUUCCAGAGGAUGAGCACAGAAUUAACUGUCUUCAUUCAGUACUAAGAUGUUACUUUGACUCUUUAUUUAAGGUGCUAAAAUCCAACUGUUUUGGAUUAAGGGUCCUAAUUGAACCAUAAUGGUUGAACUUGUGGAAUACUUCAGUAUCAAAAGUGGGAAACUGUGACUUACCGAGUGCUUGUUCUAAAACAAAUGAUGUCACUAACCUUAAUGUUUUGCUGAGUAGUAAAAUCCUCUGAAUAAUUCUGCAUUAGUUCGAUAUUCAGGAGACAAACUAACUCAUCCUUGGUUUCUCUGCAUAAGGACUUGUUGCUGAUGAAGGUUCCAGGUGACUGUUUUUUAUUUAAUUAUAUUGCUAUGAAUUUAGGUUUAAAGAAACCUUUCCUGCCUCACUGCAUUAAACAGACCUUUGCCUGUUUGAGUGGAAAAAUCAGAUAUGUAUUUCUUUAGAUUUAACUGUAUUACUUUUGUAUUUUACCAUUAAUCCAACUGCGUAGUGAAGAGUUUGUAGAUACUUGGAUAUCACAUUGCAUUGAGGAGAGGCAUGCAGUCCAUUUCUUUUUCAUAACUAUCAUUUUGUCAAGUGUUCGGGUUUGCACCUCCCUUUUUUAAAGAAUAUUGCUUUUCAUCUCAAUAGAUUAACAAAGGUCAGACAAAACUAUAAACAUGAGAUGAGGGUUUUUUUCCUUUUAAUAGCGUAAAUCUAUGUUAUAGAGAUGACAAUUCUGAUUAUGAUGAGAAAUGUGUGGAGAUGCAAUUUCUGUAGUUUUCCUAAUGCUACAAAAUACAACAUUCCUUUUUUGAUGAAAUUGGGUUGUUCUUCAGCUAAAUAAUCAAGCAGUGCAAAACAGUAUAAAAUAAUACAAAAGCAAAUUAGCCAAGGAGGAAAAACUAUUACUCCACUGUAGUUGUAGCCCAACUAUCUGAGAAUAGAUACUUCUUUUAGUAAUUCAUAAAGCUACGAGUGCAGUAGGCUGGGUCUUCUUCCCUAUAUAGUUAAAAGGAGGGGCACAGCUCUGUUGUAAUUCCACCAUCCAAUUUACUGGAUUUUGUUUGGUUGUUUGGAGCUGCCUAUGCCAAAUGCAGGCAUGUUUUGUACCAAACAGCUUAAUUAAAUUUUAAAGUGUUUGGGUAUUUUUACGUUUUUAAUAUAGGAGUAACUCUUGACCUUUCGCUUUUCAAUACAAAAUAUCCUUCAAGUAGCUUUUUUGUCUUCCUUCUUUCUUCUCCCUUCAUGCUUCGUGCUCAACAAAUAAUUAAUUAUGCUUAUAAGUAUAAUGUGGCAGUCUGGCAGGAACUUCUUUACCAGACAGUAGUUCUUAACUACUCCAAAACAACUCAUGUUCUCUUUUAAAACGAGUAAGUUCUUGAGACCCUGGCCCUUCUCCUGGUGCAGUGUUACCUAAGAAUAUGUUAUUUGCUAAUGAGGCCUCCACAAUCUCACACACAUUUUUGUAAAUAUAAACAAGUACAUAUAAACAUCUUUGAAAAGCUACUUAAGGCCAUUAAAGUUCUGUAAGUACCCCAGUAGAUGUUAGGUUCUGCAUUGGAGUCUCAUUGGACUUUCAACAACAGGAUUUUUGGCUUUUUAGGCAAUUCAGAUACAGCCUUUAAAAUAUUUUGACAAGUAGGGUGGUGAUUAUAGCUCUUAUUUCCUUUUUUUUUCAGUACUAUACAGAGGUACAUGGAAAAUCACCUGCUUUCAUGACAGCUAAGUGUCUGCUUCCUUUCUCCACUCAGCUUAGUGGUUUCUCUGUUCUCUAAAUUACUGCUGGAUUUUUAACCCAACUGUCCUUCCUGGAAAAAAGAAGUUUGUUGAUGGUACUGCACAAGAUGUGGUUGCACUUCAUGAAAAAUUUACAAUGGACAAUCACCUUUUUAUGUAAUAAAAUACUGGAACAAAUAUCUUGGUGAGUGUGAGGUUUUUUUAAAGAUAAUCCUAAUAGGUACUGUGUACUGCAAAAAACCCAAACCAGUUCAAAUUGCUAUCUAGUAGAGUACAAAUGCAUCUCCUGUUCAUGAGGUCUUCUCAUCAAGAAGUAAGUCGGAAAGCUGACAUUGAAAUCACUAAUACCAGGGCCCAGAAGACCCAAGAGAAGUCCCAUGUGCAGUGAGUGACUGGAUGCUGGUAGUUGAAUUUAUAAGAAAACAUCCUCAGCAACUACUAAAUCUUGCUAGUUAGAGAUGCAAGGAGUGUCUGUAUUCAUUUAAAAAUGAUGAGAAUUGCAAGUGCUGGGAUUUAUAUGUAAUGGUGCAAUAAAGUUUCCUGUUAACAGCAGAAAUUCCAGAAUCCCUGUGCCUCUGCUGGAUGAAAGAGACUACA